CUGGGAAGCUGAAGAUUUACAGAAACUCCUGCAGAGACUUGACUUAGUACAACCCUAACCAAACCAGAGACAAUGACAGCUAUAGAUAUGGAGGAUAUGGAGGAUAAAGAGAGUGGACAGCUGAAAAACAAGACCAAGGAAGUGUCUGAUCAGGUGGAAGAAGUGAAGGAAAUCAUGAAGAGAAAUUUGGAGAAGAUCCUGGAUCGAGAAGAAGGGAUUGAACACCUCCAGGAAGUGUCUGCGUAUCUGAAAGACAAGGCUGAAAACUUCAAACGCACAUCGGACAAUGUGGCUCGCUCCUACUGGUGGAAGAACGCCAAGCUGAUAGUAGCUGUCGUCGUGAUCGUCCUCAUCGUGGUCGUUAUUAUUGUCCUGCUGGCCACUGGAGUCAUUCCGACCGGUGCACCUGUUGGUCCUGUAGUCACGUCUACCUCUAAGCCCUGAACACACAGCAACAGACUGAAUGGUACAGAUGUGGACAGAUUGGCUGGGACUCUUCCAGCUCACCGGAUUUCUCCUAUAAAGUCAUUCAAUCAAAUGUGUUUAAUGUAUUCCUACAUGGC